AUGUUUCCGACGACACGCGUCUUCGACGCGCGGCUGACACGUGUCGUGCUGCUCCUGUUGGUCGGCGCGACCGUGGCUUACGGCGGCGCGCCAUGCGAGCCGUCUUCCCUGCGCGGGUUCACCAAUUCCGUUGACCUAUCGGGAAACGGUCUCGUGCUACAUUGGACCCGCAACGCCUCUCAUCUGCAGAUCGCACUAGAAGCCAAACCCGCCAGUGGGGCCGAGUCCGGCUGGUUCUCCGUCGGCUGGACGGCAAACCGUGGCCGUAUGUACCCCGCGGAUUGCGUUAUCGGGAACCUUCCGGGAAGCAGCGUGGGCGCGUAUCGAAUCUCCGGAUACAGCCGGUCUGACGUGGCGCCUUCUGAUAGGUUCAAGAUCGGGAGGCCUGUGCUGUCAGGGGGAAGCAAUGGCGGGACAAUCAUAAGGUUCUCGCGUUUUCGAGGGGACGGAGGGGUGGUACCAGUGAGCUUCAGUGGUAGCAGCAACCUCAUCUGGGCCUUCUCUGAGUCUGGAUCAACUGAGCUGGCCUUUCAUGGCGACAACGCAGGUUCAAUGAAUGUGGACUUCUCGUGUGCGUCUGCACCUUCCAGCUCACAAGGAGGAGGAGGAGGUGGUGGUGAUGGUGGUGGUGGCGAUGGCGCUAGGAGCCAGUCAUUGGCAUCCACGUCAGCAGUCUCUUCUGACAGUAGCAGUGAUGGCAGCAGUGGCAGGGGCCGUGUGGCAUGUGAGGCGUCACCUCUGCCUGACUAUGCGUGCUCCAUUCGACUCAAAGGCAAUGAUUUCAUCCUCCACUGGAAAACCAGGGCUGAUACGAUAGCAAUGGCUGCUGACGUGGCGACGUCUGGUUGGGUGGCGAUUGGAUGGUCCAGUAGUGGAAAGAUGUACCCCGCUGACGCAGCCAUUGGGAAUCUGCCACGUGGCACUCUCUCCAACGGGGCGGCAGUGGGAGCUUAUCACCUCAGCGGGUACGGCGUGUCUGACGUGGCGCUGACGUCAUCGUUUGAGCUCACCAACACGACCACCACCACAACAAAUGGCCGAACAACAAUUACCUUCGAGCGACCCCUCUCGGUGGGUUCUGUCCCCAUCAGCAGCAGCAGAGCCACCAGCGUGCUCUUCGCAUUCUCUCGCUCCGGCUCGCAGCAACUGGACGACCACGGGCCCAACGAGUGA